CACGCUAGUGCAAGUAGUCGGGCAGCAACACAGCGGCGGGGCGUUCCCAGUGAGAAGGCUGCUGGCGAGACGCUGUCGGUAUGAUUUCUUAUAAGUUCAUUCGAAAGAAAUUGUUUAGUCAUUUUAAAUGGUACAGUAAGUGAUUAAAAAAAAAAAAUAAAAAUAAGAGUGGCAGUUUUUAGUGACUUUUAUAAGUAAUCACUGCCUAAAGGAAACUACACUAGGCAGUCCGCUGUGUACCUUAAGAAUCUGCCAAGACAAAGUGGUGGAGAAGUUGAUCAUAAAUCUCAAUGAAAUGUUUAUCCCAAGUACUAUAUCUCUAUGUCGAACGCUUCCUCAGACCAGCGUGUUCCUUCCGUGUAAAAGUGUCUAGAGAGUGUUAGAAAAGGAUAAAAAGAAUAAUGGGCAAGCGUCCAAAAUUACUGGAUAAAACAACUAUCGCGAUUUUCGCAUUCCCCUGAAUUACACCUUUUCCCAAACGCCGACCUGUGAAGAGAAACUACGAAACCACGGAACUGGGGACCAUUCUGUGGCCUAAUGGUACGGUGAAAUAAGGCAGAAAAGCGUUUAAAAAAGUGAGGAAAUUCUCUUCAAAAUCUGGGCUAAACUUUUUUUUUUUUUUUUUCUCUGGCAAACACUGGAAUGAAGGGAACGGCAGCGACACCAGCCACUCGGAGAUUACUUCUGGAAGUCGUUUUCUCGUGAUAAGCCUCAGCGAGGGACACCAGCAACGAUGGACUCUUCGGUGUUUGGAAAUGAAAAGAUGAAAAAGCAAGAGAGAGAAACAAACUUAUGCUAACAAAAACGAUAUAAAAGAUUGAAUCCUUUCGUAUAAAAUCUGAAAUCAUCCAUAGAGCUGAAAGGCAUAAUGAAAAAUCCGCUCGAUCCACUUCCUUUUCAUCAGGGAGAGUUUGUCAAAGCAUGAAUGAAAGUAAGGAAGAAAUACGUACACACACACUUGCUCAGUACUUAACGUCCCAGAUUUUGUCGAGGUUCUUUUAGAGUGAGGCGGUUGUGGCGAUGGAGUGCUUUCAGGAACCAUGAGUGUGCUGUCCUUUCUAGCAGACACUCGUAGAAAUGAUCGUGCACUUCUCUCCCUGAUUCGCCAAUUGCACUUGGAUUGGAGACGCGCAUCAUGGUGAUUAGCAGGGAGUCCUAGGCGUCUAAGUGCGUUUCGAUAUGAAGAGAGUCAUAGCGGGGAGUAAAAUGUUGCACGUGAACAGGACGUCAGUGCAGGGAGGACAUUACGACAGCUCUCUUCCGCGAAUGGAUGACAUCCAAUCGCAAAUAUUUGACAGCGGAGGGGACGGCGGCCUCUCUCUGGGUGAAUACACGAGGGAGUGCUCCUGGUAUGGCGAAGACAGCACCAAAUCAAACGAUCUACGUAAUGGAUUAACAUUCCAAUGCGAAUAUAUUUUAGACAAUAUUGUAUCCAAUACUUCGUGUUGGGUGACUAGUGUUAGUGAUUGUAUAUCGAAUGACGAGUCUCAGAUCAGUGACAGCUUCAAUGGCACGAGUCCGGACCCCGCCCUGUCCGGCUCGGAUCGAACUCAAGUCUGUCUGUCGUGUUUCAGCGACAACACCACGAGCUUCUGGGCCCUGCGGUCGAACUCGCGGGCCAACGUCCUCUCCUCCUUGUUAACGUACGGCAGUGAAUUGCUGUGCUCCCUCGAAUCGUGCUCAUCCGUUCCUUGUGAUAACUCGACAAUCAAUCCCAUGUCGCCCUUUCCUUCGCCGUUCGUCUCGCCGCUGGCUAACUCAUCGUCCCAUCAUCCCUCAAGUCCCUCAGUCUCUUACACGUUACCCACGCUAACACUGCCUUCGUCACUCCACUCGCUGCACUGUAGGAUCCCCGAGCUCCUGCCGACGGACCCCAGCCUCACCCUGGCGCCCAACCUCACCCACGACGCCCGCUACCUCGACGUCAACGCCACCUUCGCGGAGGAGGAGGCGUUCAAGUAUGACUUCUCCUUCCUGUUCUUGGCCAUGUUCAUCCUGGCGGGGGGCAUCGGCAACAUCCUGGUGUGCCUGGCGAUCUGCCUGGAACGACGUCUCCACAAUGUUACCAACUACUUCCUCAUGUCCCUUGCUGUGGCUGAUCUGCUCGUCUCCCUCGUGGUGAUGCCCUUUGGGGCAAUCGCCGGCUUCCUCGGAUACUGGCCUUUCGGACUAGUGUGGUGCAACAUCUACGUGACGUGUGAUGUGCUUGCUUGCACGUCCAGCAUCAUGCACAUGUGUACGAUCUCGUUGGGCAGAUACCUGGGCAUACGCAACCCGCUGAAAACCAGGAGUAGCAGCAAGAAGACGGUGGCAGUGAAGGUGGUCCUGGUGUGGCUCUUGGCGAUGCUCAUCACGUCUUUCAUCACCGUGCUGGGCAUCGUGGACACGGCAAACAUCAUGCCCACCGAGGACGUCUGCGCCAUCAACAAUCAAGCGUUCUUCAUCUUCGGUUCCCUCUGCGCCUUCUACAUCCCUAUGGUGAUCAUGGUCGUAAGCUACGCCCUCACCGUUCACCUGCUGCGGAAGAAAGCGAAGUUCGCAAGCGACGCCCCGGCAGGGAAGGCCCGGACGAUGGGUCGAUAUCGGUCCGUUCGUCGCAAGCCACAGCAGCCGCCGCACUCGUUCACGUUCACCCCGAGGUCGUCCUACCGAGGGACCUACUCUAACGGCCACACGGGCCACUACGAAUUCUCGAACAUCCACAAGUGCGAGCAGGCCACGCAGACGCCCGAGUCCAUCGCCCGUGAGACGAGGAACUUUAAGUUGAAAGCUCUUCGGCUGCAGCUGGUGGGAACGGCCGCGUGGCACCUCCGCUUCCUGCCGUCGAGGAAGAGAGACGCCCUGGCUGCCAACGCCGUGGCCAACGAGCAAAAGGCCUCCAAGGUCUUAGGACUCGUUUUCUUCGCCUUCGUCAUCUGCUGGACUCCCUUCUUCAUCCUCAACAUCUACUUCGCCGCGUGCCCCACUUGCCAGGUCUCAGACCACCUCGCUAACGUGUGCUUGUGGCUCGGCUACGUCUCCUCCACAAUCAACCCAAUCAUUUACACAAUCUUCAAUCGAACAUUCAAAGCUGCGUUCAUCAAGAUCUUAAAAUGUGACUACAACUUUGAUCACCGCCACGUCAGGUCACACUCGAUGUCUGACAACAUGCCUGGACCCUACGGAGGGCCGACGGCGUCAGCUGUGGCGACCCCUUGCUCCAUACGCACGUUGUCUACUUACGUCAAGAGCCCGAGUUACCCGCACACACUCACCAAUCCGGAACAGGAACAAGAACACGAAUGUUAAACGCCGAUGCGAAAGCCUGUUCUCUAUCAUACAGAUCGUGUUCCUCAUGGACGCAAAACAGACGCAGAUUAAACAUAGUGAUUGUUACAUUAUCAUCUGUGUGCUCAAGAAUCCCGAGAGAUAUAAAGUUAAACAGUAAAUCAUGAUUGCCUUUCACGUUAACGUACACGCACAAGUGGUCAAAAUAAAUAUUGAUCUUCCAUUGUCAAUAGAAGGAAAUAGUUAAAACUGGCUGGAGGAACACAUAUUCCCACUUUAUGAAUGAACUACUCGUAUGUGCUUCAAGGUUUCCAGCCACUAACGUAUGUAUGUUUGCUUCCUUUGUUACAUAGACAUAUUUAUUAUCCCCUUCAUGAUUAAACGUUUAUUUAUUCAUGUGAAUUAUUUUUCUUGCAACAAUUUUAUACUUGAAUCUCAUUGCUCGUGUCUGUGUAUUCUUGUAUCUAUAGCUCUUAACGAUGUUACAAACAUGAUCUCAAAAACAGACAGUCGAAUGGCUCUGAAUUUGCCUGGAGAAAGAUUCUUAACUUCUAUCGUUUAUUGAUAUACAUAUAAAAAAGAAAAUACUCGUCGGAUUAAUGAUUGUAACCGAAUCAGUAGAGAUAAUGGGUUUAUUCCGCAAUAUUAGAAAUUGCCAGGCAAAUCAUUAUAACGAUAGAUGCUGAUUAUCAAAACUGUUUUUUUCACUACAGUUCCAAAUACUGUAAAUGUUUCCUCAGGGAAGUGCAAGAACUUUGAAUUAACUACAGUGCUUGAACUUGGGUUUGUUUAACUGACUAAAGAAAAGUAAAGUGGAUAGAAAAUUGACAUAUCAUUCCCUAUCGAAUCAUAAGAGAUUAGAGAACAACUUCCCUUAUUCUUCUCGCCACGUUUUCAAAACAGGUUGCGCCAUGUUGACAACGGAGGCGUAAUGAACAGGGUCACAGAAAAAAAAAACGAGAAAAGAAAACGAAUGAAGAGCAGCUCCCGAGGGGGUUGGAGGGGUUGCAAGAGACCCCCCUCCCCCCCAUUAAUGAGGAACUCCUCUUCAUUUGCAUACUUGACGAAGCAAAUCGAAAUGCAGGAAUGAGACCUAUCGGGAGGAAUGCAAAAUAACAUUUAGGGAACAUCUCGAUUCCAUUUCUUUUCCAUUACAAUUUUUUUUUCCUCUAGUCCUUAAACACUGACUGAUCCAGUAGUUAUAUUAUCUACUUAUUUUCUAAGCUUCUCGUAAGAUAAAAAAGAAACGGAUGUAUACAUUAUAUUAUUAAUACACUCCUCCACAGAUGAGCUGCGAAUAUUUGUGUAAAGCUUGAGUCAAAGAUUCGAAUGGCUGAAAAAAAUACAUUAGUAAUUGCCCUUUGCCAUAUCAUUAUGUAAUCCCAAACAGUAGUUAUGUACAGCUUAAUUUUUGUGCAAUGUACUCGCGAGAAUAAAAUGUAUAUGUGAUUAAGAUAAAACUAUAUUUAUAAUGAUAAUAUGUAUAUAGAUAUAUAUAUAGAUAUAUAUAUAUUCAGACAUGUAUACAUGUAUAUUGUAGAACUUUAUCUAUUAUGAUCAAGGGUAAGUUGAUGAACGAGAUACAGAUGUCUGAAGUACUUUCCAUAUUUGCUAGAACGCUUAUUUUGAUAGAUAAGAAAAUUCCAGCAUCUCCAUCUACGAGGAGAGAUUACUCAAUUAGGUUAUGGAAGCUCCUUCAAGACAUCGGUACGGAAUCUGUUGGACUUACACUAAGGCUUAAGUGUAGCAUAAACCUUCUGUCUGUAGAAUGUGGCGAGGUAUAUUAAUGUGUAUCAGAGUAGACCUGGAAGUUGAUCAAAUUGAUUAUUUAAUUAUUUGAUAUUCUAAGUUCUGGGGGAACUUUGCAUUGCACUUACUUAGAGAGAGAUAAUAAUAAUAAUAAAACAAAUCCUGGUUGGUAUACAAUAUUCAGAUUGUCAUAAGUGCUACUUCGUACCUCUUAGAAAGCACUAUUACCUUUAAGACUUUGUUAUAAAAGUCGGAAAGAAUAUUCGUGAUUGCGAACUCUAGAAGAGACCUCAAUAAGGCUCAGUUUACAUGUAUUGUGAUCGGGGAGUUGAGCCUUCUUGACAGUCUUCCCAAUAGAUAUGUAUUAUACUUACUAGUAUCACACUUUUUAUCAAUAUAUAUUCCUUUUGCGAGAACAUAUUUUUCCAUUUUUUUUAGCAAGAAAAUCUUUUCAUAUUGUAAAUUUUAAAAAAAGUACUGUCGAUAACGCCAUAUAUUUUGGAUCUAAAAUCAAAUUAAGGAAAACCUUAAUUGAAAAAAUAAUGAUCCAGAGGAAAGUUAUCGAAAUAUAUUAGAAACGAAAUAAAUGUUUAAAUAAGGAAAUUUUUAAAAAUGCACAACAGGUUAAGGACUUUAUUGAGUAUUAAAUGUACUUGGCAUUAAAGUCGACUGAGCUAAUUACACUUAAUGAAGCGAAAAUCAUAAUCGAAGAUCAGGCCCUACAAAAAGAAAGAAACAAAUAAGACGAUAAUGUAAAUAAUAUAAAAUAGAUCAUAAUAUUCCCUUAAACCCUUUCCCGUUUGAUAUAUUUUUUACCUCCUAUUUUUUUUUUUUUUUUUUUAAUUACCUUCUUAUAUUAUGAUUAACAGAAAAGGUGAAGAGGAAGCGCUGUGCAUUCCUCAGGUGAUACUAUUUUCAAUUAUAUAACUCCAAACUCUUGAUAAACCAGAACAUAAUGGGAAAAAAUGGUCAUGAAAUAAAAAAAAUUCUGUAUAUGAUGGAACCUUUCCUUCAUUUAAACUCGUACGACUGAAACUGUUUACGUUUAAACUACUUGUUCAGUUUUAUUUGUCACUUACUGCAUGUUACUCAGAGCUGCUAGCCUUCGAGAAUCAUACAUUCCAUUCCAUUGUUUCGUGGAUUCUGUUUAUUUUUUUUUCUGUUUCUCUCGCGGUGGGAUGUGCUUCUUUGGUUUGUCUCUCUACCUAUACGUCGGUCUCUAUUUCUGUCUCCGUUUCUGUGUCUG